CCAGACAACCCCUCACUCGGGCCUGCGCUGCGGCGCGGCCCCCUGGCCUCGGAAAUUCAGUCUCGGGCCGAGGUCCUGCCGUUGGACGAGGAGCAGUCGCGGCAGGCGGUGGGAAGGCUGCCCGGACUGAGGCGCUCGUGGGUCUCCACCAUGGCGGCGACGGUGCGCGCUGCGGGAAUUCUCCCUGUGCUGUGUGGCGCGUCGGCGGGUCAUUUAUGGUCCAGGCAACUUUACCUAAACAGCUUUCCAGCAGCUUCCAUUUUGGCAUUGAAGACUGUUCCCAGCAAUGGCUCUUUGUCAUCUCCAGGAACCAGAGACAACCGUCAUUUUAUCAGCUUGACCCGUGCGCUACAGACACAGUGCCUUAUUUCUUCUCCCAGUAACUUGAUGGGCCAACAGUAUAGAUUCUAUAGUUUCUUCACUAAAUUGACAGCAGAUGAGCUGUGGAAAGGUGCCUUAGCAGAGACUGGUGCCGGAACAAGAAAAGGAAGAGGCAAAAGAACUAAGAAAAAGAAAAGAAAGGAUUUGAACAGGGGUCAGAACAUCGGUGAAGGGCGUUGUGGCUUCCUAUGGCCUGGUCUGAAUGUCCCUCUUAUGAGAAAUGGAGCUGUGCAGACCAUUGCCCAAAGAAGCAAGGAAGAGCAGGAGAAGGUAGAGGCGGAUAUGGUCCGGCAGAGAGAAGAGUGGGACUGGAAGAGGAAGAUGAAGGUUAAACGGGAGCGAGGAUGGAGCGGAAACACAUGGGGAGGCGUCAGUCUUGGCCCCCCUGACCCUGGUCCCAGUGGAGAAACAUAUGAUGAUUUCGAUACCAGGAUACUUGAGGUGAGGAAUGUUUUCAAUAUGACAGCGAAAGAGGGAAGAAAGAGAUCAGUCCGUGUCCUGGUCGCUGUGGGGAAUGGCAGAGGAGCUGCAGGUUUUGCCAUUGGGAAAGCCACUGAACGGGCAGAUGCUUUCAGAAAAGCAAAGAACAAGGCAGUUCACUAUUUGCAUUAUAUAGAACGAUAUGAAGACCAUACAAUAUACCAUGAUAUAUCUUUAACAUUUAAAAGGACGCAUAUCAGGAUGAAGAAACAACCCAGAGGCUAUGGCCUCCGCUGCCACCGGGCCAUCAUCACCAUCUGCCGGCUCAUUGGCAUCAAAGACAUGUAUGCCAAGGUCUCUGGCUCCAUCAACAUGCUUAACCUCACCCGGGGCCUCUUCCACGGGCUCUCCCGCCAGGAAACCCAUCAACAGCUGGCUGAUAAGAAGAGUCUCCACGUUGUGGAAUUCCGGGAGGAAUGUGGCCCUCUGCCCAUCGUGGUUGCCUCCCCCAAGGGGGCCUUGAGAAAGGAUCCGGAGCCAGAAGAUGAGGUUCCAGAUAUCAAACUGGACUGGGAAGAAGUGAGGGCCGCACAGGGUAUGAAGCGCUCUGUGUGGUCAAGUUUAAAGAGAGCCGCCACCUAGGCCUCCCUCUGGCCUGGCUCAGCCUGGCAUCUCUUGCUUCUGGCACCUGGGAGAGACUCAACCCUUCACACUUUGGAUUGUCACUUUUUUUUUUUUUUUUUUUUAAAAGGAAAGGCCAAGCUUACAUUUCUUUAUUUACAAAUAACAAAUAAUUAUAGAUUUAAUUUAUUGAUCACGUCAUAUAUACCAAUUACUGUGAUAGGAACUUUACAUACAUAUCUUAGUUAAAAACUACUUUAAAUAUUCAUUUAAACUAGCAAAUUAGGGAGGCAGGGCUUCUAGUCUGACCUAAUUAAAAAUAAUAUGCAGUCAAGCUAUAGUUACUUGACUGUAGUCACACAGCUAGAAAGUAGAGGAAAAUGGGCAAACUUUGUUCUUUUUGACUCUAGAAAUUCUCCUUUUUAGUAAACCUCUUUGUAUCGACGUUUUAGUGGUUGCUCUAGGUAUUAUGUUAUACCUAUAUCACUUAUCACCAGUCUACUGGUGUUGACUUUUUACUAGUUUGAGUGAAGUAUAGGAAUCUUACUUCCCUUUAAAUCCCUUUACCCUCACCUGUUUCUGUAAUUGUUUUAAAAUUUCCUCUGCCUACACUGAGAACCACAUUAGACAACAUUAUAGUUUUGCUUCAACCAUGAAACAAUAUAAAAAACUAAAGAAGAAAAAAAAAUAGCCUAUUGUAUUUACCCAUGUUUUUGCUCUUUCAGUUUGUUCAUUCUUCUUUCCUGAUAUUCCGAGAGUCCUUUUUUAUGAUUUUGAGUGGGGAAAAGCCAAGGUCCCCUCCUGUGUGUCUCCUUAACUCUCACAGUACUACCACACUCCCAGCACUUCUGACAGCAGGUGUGGGGGGUUUCCCCUCACCAAGCAGUCCUCUGCAAUACCAGCUGCAUGUCCUACAAUUUAACUCAAUUCUGACACUGUGUACCUGGAGGUAACAUCAAAUUCCACUGGUUAAAGGCUCAGUCCCACAAGACUGCCCCCACCCCACUUCACACCAAUUGCAAGUCCGGUUGUCACCUGUGCUUCUGACUCAUCAGCUGUAAAUCAGAGGUCCCCAUGACUCCCUCAUUGUGUUUGAUUAAUUUGCUAGAGUGGCUCACAGAACCUAGGAAUACAGUUUAUUUAUUGCCUACCAGUUUAUUAUAAAAGGAUAUGAUAAAGAAUACAGAUGAACUUCCAGAUGGAAGAGAGACAGAAUUUAAAAAUUUUCAUGAAGUCUAAUUUGUCUGUUUUUCUUUUGUUGCCUGUAUUUUUGGUGUUCUAUACAAGUAAUUAUUGCUAAAUCCAGUGUCAUGAAGUUUUUGUCCUAUGUUUUCUUCUAAGAGUUUUAUAGUUUUGGGUCUUACAUUUAGGCCUUUGAUUUCUUUUGAGUUUGUUUUUGUGUAUGGUGUUAGAGAUCAACUUCAUUCUUUUGCAUGUGGAUAUCCAGUGUUCCCACCCCUAUCUGCUGUGUGUGUGUGUGUGUGUGUGUGUGUGUGUGUGUGUGUGUGUGAUUUUAAUUGAGCAUUUUAUAUGAUUUCAUUUUCUCUCUCAGCAUGUCAUUAUACUUUUUUUUUUAGUGGCUGCCCUAGAGUUUCCAAUAUAAACUUACAGCUAAUCCAAGUCCACUUUCAAAUAACACUGUACCACUUCAUGGGUAGUGCAAGUACCUUAUAAUAAUAAAGUAUUUCUAAUUCC